GGUUCUUGGACCCAAUCAUAUAUGGGAGAUAUCAUGAAAGACAUUUUGGGAUCGCUUUUACCAGAAUUCUCAUCAGAAGACUUGGAAAAGCUAAAAACAGGAUUGAAUUUUAUCGCAAUCAACCUCUACACCAGUUUCUAUGUGCAGGAUUGCAUGUAUUCUGCUUGUGGACCUGUAGAUGGUAACACCAGAAUAGAAGGUUUCAUUGGAAAAAGUUCAAUCAAGAAUGGAAUUCCUAUUAGGGAAUCUCUGAUGCCAUAUUGCUUGAGUUUCAGCACUACAUUGCUCAUCCCCACCACUCUGGUUCCUCAAAUGGGAGGAGGAAAGGAUGGGUUUCCCAAUUAUUCUGGUGUUUCAUCUGCCUGA